AUGCUCCCCAUCCGUGCUGUUCCCGUCACUCGUACUUUGGCCAGGGCCUUCUCCAGCUCGCCAGCGUCGAAGGAUCUCUCCAAGCUUACUUUGAUCGGAAGACUCGGAGCGGACCCCGUUGCUAGAACAUCGACCAGUGGCAAGGAGUACUACUUGUACACUGUCGCUACCCAAACCCCUCCCACCAAGGGAGAGGAUGGCCAAUGGGUUGAAGGCCACACUUCGUGGCAUAACGUCUUUUCCUUCAACGAGGGUCAACACGCUCUCCUGAAACGGGUCGGAAAGGGAUCAACCGUUUACGUUGAGGCUGAACUCGAGAUGAGAAAAGUCAAUUCAGAUGAAAGUCAACUCCACGACAGGGUCUUGUUGAAACAGAUCGCUAUGCGAAUGAUCAACCGAAUCCCAUCUGCCGAGUCUGGAGAAGCUGUCGAGGAGGCUGCUGAUGCGUAG